AUGGAUGUGGUCAACCAUCCCAUCAAAUGGGGGACUUAUCGAGAGGGUGCCCUCUCCCAGCUACCAAAAUUCGAGUCCCUGCCACAGGAUGGCCUCGAGUUAAUGCAGUCCUAUCAAGCCGUCCUCGACCACGAUGAAACUUUCACCCAAUACUUCUCAGAAGAGCCACUUGAAAGUUACACCAUCGAAUCACGGCUAAGGGAAACUCUGGGUAUUCCUCCGUGUUCAUCUGACUCCGAGAAUAGCCCCUCAAUUAGUUGGGUCAACAUUUUCCGGCAUGGCAGUUUCGAAAAGCAAAGUAAUGGCUCCUACCACUGUUAUGAUCAAGGAAACCUUGUUCAGAUUGAUGAGUCCCUACACAAAAGUAUCUUGCUUAAUAGAUGUUUUCUCCCAGCAAACUCCUACCUAUGGCCAAGUCCUGCCGACGCUGAAAGAGAGUCGGAGAUCACUUUGGCAAUAGAGGCAGAUGUCUUGGAGGAACUCGACAAAAAUAUCAAAUAUGUGGAGAAACUCAAGCGACUUCAGCUGUCACUGAAGAAACGCCGUAGUAAGCUCCAAGGUCUUCGAGAUCCAUUGAAAAGGUCUCGUACGCCGCAAACACCCGGAUCACAGUAUCCCACCCCGGAAGAGUCACGUCGUCCCACAGUAUCUGUUGAGACGCAUGAUACACGUGCGCGCAGUUUUUCCGAAAGCUCGGGUGUCUCAAGUGGUUCCGACAUCCCUUUCGCCCGCCCCGGUGGGGUCACGCAGCAAGUGUGUUAUGAUACCGAAGACUACGACAAUGAGACGGCCAACGAAGAGCAUCCAAAUCUCAUCACCCAAAGCAACCAGCAAGCAUAUGACAAUGAAUCGGAAGUGUCCGUGUCUGGACUUCUAAGCACCAGAAGGCCCGAGGCCACACAACACCAGCAGGAUACACAGAAGUCUAAUCAAUUCCAAGGAGACGUGCCAGCGAAGCACCAGCUUCACGGCAACGAGGAAUCCAUCCAGCCGCCUGCGAAAAAGCAAAGGAUCGAGACUACCUCGUCGCCAAGAGAUAUUGAGACCAUCGACUUCAGCGAAGAACUGCCAAUGUGGAAAGAAAAUGUUGAUACACCUCAUCAACAGCAACCAAAAUCUUCCUCUGCGGGAAAGCAACCCAAAGUACAAAAGCGAACACGGAACAACUUCACAGAAUACGAGAAGGAGCAUGCUCCAGCCUGGUUCAAGAGCCAAGUAGACGCAGGAAAACUUCCAGGCGAGAUUGAGAAGGCUUAUGUUGAAAGGUUUGGUGUCUUCCACAGCUGGCUCACACUAAAACUUUGGGUCAACCGAUUGGAUGAAAGGGCCGCUAAAGCAAAACGCCCAAGCAAAAUCGUGGUAUUGAAAGUACGACCCCCGCCGCAUCUUAGUGAGGCCUUCUCGAAUGACAAUCUCUCUUAG